AGUCUCUCACCCACGUCCACUAUUAUAACGUCGAGGACUCGCUUGUGGAUAUAGCUCGGAUUCUAGCUCAGGUGUUUGGAUUUUGGGACAUUCUUCCGGUCAUGAAUCGGGUUUCUUUGCCCGCCGCUGCUCUUUUGCUAUUUACAUUCACGGUUUUAGUGUCUGUGACUGUGGUGGAGACACGUCAUUCCACUGGGCUAAGGAGACACAGGAGGGAAUGGAUCAUCCCUCCCCAGAAACUAGAUGAAAAUGUAGACUACACCAAGAAAGAGUUUAUUGCCAAGAUCCGGUCAGAUUCAGACGAUGGGACUGGUAAUGUGCAGUACUCUCUAACUGGGGUGGGAGCUAAUGCAUACCCCUUCAACCUGUUCAUAGUGAACCCUGACACCGGCUUUGUACGCAUCACUGGUAUCCUGGACCGGGAGACUAUCGCCAUGUACAAUUUGUCAGGUACCGCUAAGUUCACUGAUGGCAGUCAAGCAGAAAAGAACAUUGAUUUGAGGAUCCAAGUUGUGGAUCAAAAUGAUAACCCUCCUAUUUUCGGUGACAUUAACCCAGGAGAGGUGUACGAGCUCAGCUCAAAAGACACGUCCAUCAUGCAGUUGGUUGCGACAGACGCUGACGAACCAGGGAAUGAGAACUCUAAGAUUGCCUACACCAUAAUUAAACAGGAGCCUCCAGGAGAGAGCAUGUUCUACAUCACCAAUGAAGGAGAACUGAGAGUAAAACAGUCCACACUGAACAGAGAGGUGCAGGACUGGUACAUGCUGACAGUGAAAGGUACAGAUCUGAACGGUAGACCAGAGGGCAACACCGGCACCGGAACCUUUAGAGUCAACAUCAAGGAUGUGAACGACAACCCUCCCACUCUGGAGAAAGAUGAGUAUGAGGGCAGUAUUGAGGAGAACACAGAGAACGUGGAGGUGAUGAGGUUCAAAGCGGAGGACAUGGACAUGGAGAACACUCCUAACUGGGUGUCUCAGUUUGAAAUCGUCAAGGGCAACGAGGCUGGCUACUUCAGUAUUGAGACAGACCCCAAGACCAACGAGGGAGUUCUGAUGCUCAAGAAGUCUGUAGACUAUGAAGACGUCAAACACCUUGAGCUGGGAAUAGCCGUAGCUAACCAGGCUCCACCCUAUAAUGGUGAAGGAGGAGGAGGAGGAGGAGGAGGAGGAAGUGGGACAGGAAGUGGGGCAGGAGGAGGUGGUAGUGGAGGAGGUGGUAGUGGAGGAGGAGGUAGUGGAGGAAGUAGUGGAGGGGGAGGCAGUGGAGGAGGAGGCAGUGGAGGAGGAGGAGGAGGAGGUGGAGGCUCGUGGUUUGGUGGUGGAGGUUCUACAGGGAAACCUAUGAAGACCUACCCAGUAAAGAUCGCCGUGAAGAACCAGCCAGAGGGGCCACGGUUUGACCCCAAGGUCAAGGCUAUCCCCAUCUCAGAGGGAGGAGACUUCAAGAUCAACAAGGUGAUCGGCUCCUACCAUGCCAUCGACGGAGACACACUAAUGCCUGCACAGAAUGUCAGGUAUGCUAAGGGCUCUGACCCAGACAACUGGCUGACCAUUGAUGAGUUAACUGGGGAUAUUAAACUCAAUAAGAUGCCUGACAGAGAGUCCAAGUUCCUGGUCAACGGGACAUACUACGCCAAAGUUCUCUGCAUGACCCAAGACAUGCCCUCUAAGACAGCCACGGGUAUGGUAGCCAUCCAGGUGGAGGACAUGAACGACCACUGCCCCACGCUUACUAGUAACGUUCAGACCAUGUGUAUGACAGCCGAUGCUAUUACCGUGACUGCAGUGGACAAAGAUGCGUUCCCCAACGGAGCCCCCUUCACCUUCACCAUCAUCCCAGAGGGAACAGAGGGAGUGUGGGUGGUCGAGCACCUAAACGACACCUCGACCAUCCUGAGGUCCCAAAAGGAUUUGUGGCCGGGCUCCUACGCAGUUGCCAUGGAGAUCCGCGACCAGCAGGGGCACGCGUGUCCUGACCUGCAGAAGCUAAAGGUAGAUGUCUGCACGUGUGCGGACAAAGGGAAGGCGUGCGCGACACGAGGAGCUAAGGGCUCAACCGGGGCAGUGCUAGGGCCUGCAGCAAUUGGACUGCUCUUCCUGGGUCUGCUGACGCUACUGCUAAUCCCUCUCCUGCUGUUGUUCUGUACGUGUGGGGGUGCCGGAGGUCUUCCUGGGGGCUUCACUGAGAUGCCCUUUGACGCCAAGGCACAACUAAUUUCCUACCACACUGAGGGACAGGGGGAGAACACGGAAGUACCUCUGCUGAAUGCACCAGUUCAGGUCGACACAGGAAGGGUCAAAAUGAUCAACGCGGGAACCAUUGCAGCAACGACCGGAGGGGCGGGGCUAAUGAUAGGUGGUGAUCAGUUCCAGAACUCCUCCUCCACGAUGGGCGGUGGAUUCUACCAAUCAGACGGCCUUAUGGAUAUUGGAUAUAAGAAUGGAGGAGAGAUAAUCGGACAUGGGAAUGGAGGAGGCUUUUAUUCUGAGUAUGAGAGCAGAGAGGGAGGAGGAGCCUAUGAAGGCAUCGCCCUGCCUGAUCACUACCUGGAGGAGUACUACUCUCAGAAAGCUCAUUGUGCAGCUGAAAACCACAUCCAGAAGGACAGUCAGUUGGUGUAUGACUACGAGGGCCAGGGCUCUCCUGUGGGCUCGGUGGGAUGCUGCAGCCUCCUGGAAUCUGACAACGACCUCCAGUUCCUCAAUGACCUGGGGCCAAAGUUCAAGACCCUGGCCGAGGUGUGCCGCGGAGAGAGGAUCCAAACUGAAGUCUCUGCCCCUCUGCCACCCAGACCCAUCAUCUCCAUGCCAACAGCAGCCAGCAGUGUGACGACCAAUGUGGCGUCCAGAGUGGUUUCCGCCGCCCCGGUCCCAGCCCCAGCACCGCCCCCUGCCCCGGCCCAGGUGACACACGUCGAGAGGGCUGUGGUGAGGGAGUCAGAUCGUUCAGAUCGUUUGUCUACUCUGAGGCAGGACAUGGUGGGAGGAAGCCAGGGCCAGACCUUCCUACUGCAGCAACAGCCUAUGUACUACACCACCAUGCAGCCUAUGAUGCAGCCCGUGGUGCAGCAGAUGCACUAUGUAGUGGAGCAACAGGUCCCCAACACACAGAGCAUGAUAAUGGUCAACGGGCCUCCGUCAGGCUCGGCCCAGGGCCUGGUGCUGCAGGGGCAACGGGUGGUGACCGGUACCCAGGCUCAGGGCACCCUUGGCAGGGGAGAGGGAGGCCUGAUCCAUAUGGGGAACAUGUCUGGUUCUCAGGGUAUGAUGGUUGUGGAUGGGCCGGUGAUGCAGGGGGGGCAGAUGCUCCAAGGGGGGCAAAUGCUGCAGGGGGGGCAAGUUUUUCAGGGGGGGCAAGUUCUUCAGGGGGGGCAAGUUCUUCAGGGGGGGCAGUUGGUACAAGGGGGUCAGGUCCUUCAGGGGGGUCAGGCCUGGCUGCAGCAGUGUAGCUCCCUGCAGCGAGGGGGCUUAUCAGGGUCACAGAGCAUGCUGGUGAUGGAGGGACAGGGGGGUAGCAGCGGAGGUAGUGGGGUGCAGAAAGGCCAGGGAGGGGUGUUAGGGUUCUCCCAGGGGUCCAUGCAGAGGAACGGCCUCUCUGGCUCACACAGAGUCCUCUACACCACAGAGCAGAGCUCAGCCGCAGAGUCCAGCGCAGGCUCACAGAGCGGCAUUGUAGGAUUGAACGGGUCCUCCAGCAAGGUCAGCAUAGGCCCCGCCUCCACCUCCCGCAAGGCGGUGAUAGAGAAGAGAGUUGUGACCAACCAGAGCACCAGUAAAUAA